AUGGCAGGCCAGGCCAUCUACGUGCCUGCUGAUGACUUGACGGAUCCUGCUCCUGCUACCACGAUCGCGCAUCUGGACGCCACGCCACCACUGUGCUGUCUCGCCAGGAGGCCCAAGAAGGGCUCCAUCACGUCAGUGCAGGCGAUUUACGUGCCUGCUGAUGCUCUCACGGAUCCCGCCCCUGCUACCACCGUCGCGCAUUUGGACGCUACCACCGUCGCGCAUUUGGACGCUACCACCGUCGCGCAUUUGGACGCUACCACCGUCGCGCAUUUGGACGCUACCACCGUCGCGCAUUUGGACGCUACCACCUUCGCGCAUUUGGACGCUACCACCUUCGCGCAUUUGGACGCUACCACCGUCGCGCAUUUGGACGCUACCACCUUCGCGCAUUUGGACGCUACCACUGUGCUGUCUCGUCAGGUGAGCCACCCGUUUACAUGGCUGAGGUGUUUACUGGCUGGCCGUUUACCCUUCUCCCCUUAUCCUGUCUCUUCUCUGCACACUCGCACAACCCCCUACACCACCCUAUCCCCCUCACAGGGUGUGUUGGACGGCAAGUACGAUGAUCUCCCUGAGCAGGGACAGGCGUUCUACAGGGUGGGAGGCAUCGAGGAGGUGGUGGUGGUGGCCAAGGCAGAGAAGCUCGCCAAGGAGCUCAGCUCCUAG